AUGGUUCUCAAGAACACCCUUAUUCAUUUGUUGUGCCUACUGGGUACUGCCGUUGCCUGGAAUGCCCCUGCAUACAGUGGCCUCAGCAGGAUUUGGCAGUCUAACUUCGUCGGUGCAGCGGGCACCCUCCCAGAUGCCAGUAAUUGGAACAUCAUCGAGGGUUAUCUGAAUGUCAACGCCGAGCUCGAAGUUUACACUCGAUCUAGUCGCAACCUCCAACGCAGCGGCGGUGAGACGCUUCAGCUGGUUCCAUGGCGUGACACUUCAGUCGUUACUGGCUGGACUUCUGGUCGCGUUGAGAGCAGCUACGUAUUUACCCCUUCGUCAGGAAAGAUUACUAGAGCCGAAGCUCUUAUCCGGUUUGGCACAAAUCCAAUCGCGAACAAGCAAGGCAUCUGGCCCGCGUUCUGGAUGCUCGGCAAUGCUCUCCGCACCGGCGGAAGCUGGCCUGCGUGCGGUGAGCUCGACAUAAUGGAAAGUGUGAAUGGACUGCUGACUGGCUACGGAACUGCUCAUUGCGAUGUUUACCCUGGAGGUAUCUGUAAUGAAGGCAAUGGUAUUGGAGGGAGUAUUGGUAUCCCGGAUCAGAGUUGGCACACUUGGAGGAUAGACUUUGAUCGCACGAAAAGCAGCUGGACACAGGAGACCAUCACGUGGUAUAUGGAUGGCCAACAAUUCCACCAGAUCUCUGGCUCCAGGAUCAACAAUGAGAGGGUUUGGGGCACUCUGUGCCACAGUCCCAUGUACUUCAUUCUGAACGUUGCCGUGGGUGGCACUUGGCCAGGAUACCCAAACGCCAACACCGCAGACGGCUACGGGAGCAUGAUGGAAAUCGCAUAUGUCGCUCAUUACCACAGCUAG